UGCCUCUGCUAUUUUGGUGUUCUACUAGUUGUUAUUCUUCUUUUGGUCGUUCGUAGCCUCUGUGUCGUUGUGCUGCUCCGCCUUGGUGGGGUCAGGGGGUGUCCCGGGCCGUCUCGGACUUGUCCGUGUGGCGGGGUUGGACCCCCACCCCUGUAUUUUUUUUUGGGGGCGCCAGGCGCGCCAUCUGGUUUUUGCCGUCGCGAUGUGUGUUUUCUACAUGUGCUGGUGGUGGUUGCGCUUUUGUUUGCGGCACCGGGCGUUGCGCUCUGGCUGUGGGCCUCUGCCUCCCAUGGGGUGGGCUGGGCCGGCCCAUGUGGGGAGGGUUUUGGACCAAUACGCCCUUUGCGACGUGGGCUGCCUUCCCGCCGUUGCACCAAGGGGAAUGCCAUUCCUAAGAACGCAUGUAUCGAAAAGAAAAAUAAAAAGAAUUUGGUUUUUAAGGAGACCACCCACCCUAAACGUUUAGUAAGUUUAAUUUCUUUGAAUAAAUUCACCUCAGCCCCCUUGGCAGUAUAUGAAGGCGGCCGCCCAUUAAAUUUGGCGCCAUCGAUCUCGUGGCGCAAUAGAAGCGCAUCAGACUUCGGAUCUGAGGGUUGCAGGUUCGAGUCCUGCCGGGAUCGUGUUUUUCCAUGGUGA